UCUCUCAACCCCCGCACAAUUAGUAAGAAGCGUUUAUCCUCUGGCUCUGACUUCUCUUUGCGAUGUCUCGUCUUUGCGUUGCCUAACAGUCACCUGCCCUAAACAUGGAUAUUGGAGGACUGACCACAGUGGUUGCAAAUUCUGCUUACAUCAAUGCUCGUGGAAGCAUUGAUGGCUCCAGUGCAGGAGCAGUGCGUGAUAAGAAGUACCAUUCUCGCCUCAAGCUGCCCCACAUCACUGUGUGCGAGGGCCUGACGGACACCCUGGAUUUGGCCUUUGACUUCGUCUGCGUGAAACAGCCUGUUGGCAAACGCAUCUUUAGGGAAUUCUUGGAUGCAAAUACAGAGUAUCACGGGGCUUGCCGUUUGUGGAAAGACAUCGAGAUAUACGACCUUGCAGAGGAUUCUGACAGGGUGAAGAAGGCCUCCAAGAUUGUCCAGCGUUACAUGGACUCCUCUGCCAAACACUUCUGCCCGUUCCUGGCUGAGGACAUCAUGGCUAAGGUGAAGGAAAGCCAGGAGGCUGCAGGCGAUGAUUUGUUUUCCGCAGCGUUGGCCUCGGUGUUGGACUUUCUGCGUGAGGCCCCCUACGCUUUCUUCCUGGAGAGCAUGUAUCUGAAGAGGUACCUGCAGUGGAAGUGGCUUGAGAUGCAGCCCAUGGAUGCAGACUGGUUCCUGGACUUCCGUGUGCUGGGGAAAGGUGGGUUUGGGGAAGUGUCUGCCUGUCAGAUGAAAGCCACAGGAAAACUGUACGCCUGUAAGAAACUCAACAAGAAGAGGCUGAAGAAGAGGAAAGGCUUUGAGGGGGCGAUGGUGGAGAAGAGGAUCCUUGAGAAGGUUUACAGUCGCUUCAUUGUGUCAUUGGCGUACGCCUUCCAGACAAAGGACGAACUUUGUCUGGUCAUGACCAUCAUGAAUGGAGGAGACCUCAAGUACCAUAUCUACCUGGUGGAUGAGAACAAACCUGGGUUCGACGAGCCCAGAGCCUGUUUUUACAUCGCUCAGAUCAUCCAAGGCUUGGAGCACCUGCACCAGAAAAGAAUCAUCUACAGAGAUCUUAAACCAGAAAAUGUGCUGCUAGAUAAUGAUGGGAAUGUGCGUAUAUCUGACCUGGGUCUUGCUGUGGAGCUAAAAGAAGGCAGAACGCAGACCAAAGGAUACGCCGGGACACCAGGGUACAUGGCUCCAGAGAUGUUGAAAGGAGAGAAGUAUGACACUUCAGUCGACUACUUCACUCUUGGAGUGACUCUGUUUGAGUUCAUCGCUGCUAAGAACCCCUUCAGAGACAGAGGGGAGAAGGUUGAACGUGAGGCGUUGAAAGAGCGGAUGCUGACGCAGGAGGUGACCUACAUGGACACUUUCAGUGAGCAUGCGAAGUCUCUCUGUGAUGGGCUGCUGGCUAAAGAGGUUGAUAAGAGGAUGGGCUUUAAGAAUGAAUGCUGUGAUGAGAUCAGAGCGCAUUCAUUUUUCAGUGGCAUCAACUGGAGGAAACUGAAUGCAGGUAUUCUGCCUCCUCCCUUCGUCCCUGACCCUAAAGUGGUGUAUGCUAAAAGUCUGGAUGACGUUGGCGUUUUCUCCUCUGUGAAGGGAGUGGCCUUGGAGGAUCCUGACAAGACCUUCUUCGAUGAGUUUUCCUCAGGCAACAUCCCCAUCCCCUGGCAAGAGGAGAUGAUCGAAACAGGCAUUUAUGGAGAGCUCAACGUCUGGGGUCCUCAGGGCAGCAUCCCCAAUGAUCUCCGAAGGGAGUCCAUACUAGAGCAGCCAAAGUCAUCAACCUGCUGCACAUCGUAGAGUCAUUGAAGCACCUUGAAAUUUACCAACCACACGGCGGACAGACUCAAAUACUCAGGACAGACACAAGUCCCUUCUAAACUUUCCGAUGGCAGAGUUCAAACUGUUUGAGACUUUUGUUGGUGAGCACAGGAAACGACAACAGAAUGGAGCUGGAUUUUCAACCUGGAGUGGAUUUAAAGUAAUAAUCUCGAAGGUUUUCAUUAAAUAAAUGUCUGAGUCACUAUUUACCACAAUGGUGAUUGAGUCUGAUAAAAGCCCAGGCUUUUACAGUAUCUGUCAAAUAUCACAAGCAGCUCUCUUGAAAGUGAAACACACCUGCAAUUACUGCUUAUCGCUGUAGGAGGCGCAAAAGAGCACAAAACAUAGAUCUUCGAGAUUGUAACUUUAAACAUUUAGCAGUAUAUAAAAAUAUUUACUGACGUAUCUUCUAUUCCUCCCCUCGUACUCGAUCUCCUCUUUGUGUCCCUCUCUCAAUUCAUUCACUCUACUUGUGUGUGCAUGUGUUUAAUGAUUGCAACGCUUUUAGAUCUGAAAUGCAUUUUUAAAAAUCUAUUUUUUAAGCAGGGGUUAGUUCUGUGAAAGUCACAUGUUCAACAUUGUUUGCCAUUUAAUGGACGUUUUUCUUUAUGAGUCUUCAGUCCCUGCAGAAACACAAAGUUUCAUUUUACUUUUGGAAAAUAGUUUUUAAUAAUUUUAGUCUUUGCGCCAAAGAUAAAAAAUAAAACGAGACUAGAGCACCUUUUGAUAAAAGUUAAUGUAGACAAAUCUGAAUAUAGAGAAAUUGUUACACAAAUCAAUUUAUUAAUAAAAACAUGUUGAAUAAAGUCAGAAAUAUGAACUGUAUGAAUAAGUGCUGGCAAAUAA